AUGCCGGGGAACCAGGGCAAGCAAAGAACGAGUCCGGAGGCUGCUCGGGUCUCCGCAGCCGCAGGCCCCGAGCCCCCGGCUUUGUGCCCCGGGCCAACCAAGCAGGAAGAGGGCGCUCGGUGCUCAGCAGCCAAUGGAAAGGCUGCUCUUCUUCCCGGGAUAAACACGAGAAGGAAGGGCCGAUCCUGCGGGAAGGCCCCAGCAGCGGAGCGCACUGAGCAUGCUCACAAGGACUCCGUAUCCGAGCAUUUGCGACUCGCCUUAAUCACUGGUUGGAGGCUGCCUCAGUCAACCCGAGACAUUGGAGAGCUUAGCUUUUACAGGCCGAGGUCUCCCCCUGCAUCCGGGGCCGUCCCCGGGCAUCCUGAUCUCUGUGCGGCCGCUGGACCCCUGGCUCUGGAGGGGACAGCGAGGCAGGCUGAGGGACACCGCAUCCGACCGUCCCCCAAAGACUCCGCCAUUCCCCACCCCUGGAAAGCUCUCCCCUGCCUCAGUCUCCGGACUUCCCAGGCUUCCUCUGGGUCCCAGUUUCUGCAAGAAGCCUUUCCUGCUCCCUUUAAUGCGCGUGCUGUCCCCCUGAGGCUGUCCCGGUUUAUCCUGCAGCAUAUGUACUGUGUGUGUGUGUGUACGUGUAUACAUGUGAGCGCGCACACACAUACACAGAGUAUACACCGCGGUGUGCACUGGGCGCCUCGGGAGAGCAGGGACCGGCUUUUGCCGGCCCGGGGCAGGGUGCGGUACCCCGCCGUCCGUCUGACGGGGAGACCUCAAGCUCUCCGCCCCCCGGCUGACGACUCCGGGCCUCGGGCAGCUCCUCACGGAAGAAGUUUCGGGCCAGAUCUCGGCCUGCCUCAGUGGAGGAGGUCGCUGACUGCCCAAGCUCACGCUGAGGCGAUGACGGAUCCAGUUUUUAAAAAAUCAGUCCGCCAGGAGCGAGCAGGCGAGACCAGCCCCUCGAGCUUCUCCAGGGCGUGUGGCGCCGAGGAUCCCCGACUCUGUGUCCGUGGCUGCUUCCCAGGGAGCCCUUCCUCUGGGUCUCCUUCAUUUCCCUCAGUCCCGCCCCCCCAGAAGGAUCGAAACCUUCCACGCUACAGGCUGCUUGGCAAUAAGGAGGCUCCCGCUUUUCUAGAAGGAGUUUCAGAGCUCCAUCGACGAGCCUCGUGGAAACUAAAGGCAAACGAGCUUUAAAAGCUCGCCCGAGAUCACAGCCGUCACGAACCUGGGAGGGGGAGGGGACCCGAGCAAGAGGUCCCGCGCCUCCAUUUCUGAGAGCCUGUUUCCUAACUUCUGGGCGCAGGGACUAGACCCGUGCAUUCGCUGAGAGAGGGAUCUCUGGGCUGAGGAAGCCCUUCUGCCCCGGCAGAUUCUCGGGCGCUUACAAUGUUAGGGUGCCCUCAGAGGCCGGAGACGGAGGGCCGCUAUUGGCCAAGGCGGGUCUUUAACCCGGCUCUUUGGGGCUUAGAGAACAGCUCUGUAUCCACUGUGGCAAACGUGGGGUCCGGGCCAGACUAAAAUGUAACUGGGAAAUGUUUUAACAAAAUAAAUAAACAACCGAGCGACGGAGAGAAUGUUCUUUUGUCACUUUACUGAGUCCACAUCCAACUGCUAGAGACGCAUUUCUUUUUUUCCCCAGAAAAACCACGUAAAGAUAGUUUUCAACAUUCAUUUUUGUAAAACUUUGUAAAUAUGUGCAAUCCUUUUAAAUCUAUUUCCAUAUUUGUCAUCUUGUGAAAGAAAAAUCAGACCAAAAGGGAAAAAAACCCACGAGAAAGAAAACAAACAGAAAGGUGAUAAUACUAUGCUUCCAUCCAUAUUCAGUCUACAUAAUUCUCUCUCUGGAUGCGAUGAACGUUUUUCAUCCCAAGUCUGUUGGAAUUGCCUUGAAUCACGGAAUGUUGAAAAGAGCCAUCGUGACAUAAUCUUGCUGUUACCUGCACUGUAUUCUCUUGGUUCUGCUCACUUCACUCAGCAUCAGUUCCUGUAAGUCUUCCCAGGCUUUUUGGAAAUCAUCCCGCUCAUCAUUUCUUAGAGAACAAUAAUAUUCAUUAUUUUCAUACACCGUAACUUAUUCAGCCAGUCCCCAGCCGAUGGACAUCCACUCAAGUUUCCAGUUCCUUGCCACCACACACAAAAAAGGGCCGCUACAACCAUUUUUGCACAUGUGGGUCCUUUUCCCGUUUUAAAUAUAGAAAUUAAUUUCUAUUUGAGUUUGUAUAGUCUUCAAACUCAGGUCUCCUUUUCUAUAUUCAUCAUUUCCUUUGACUCAAUGAAGUUGUUCCAUUGCAUUUUUUUUUUUUUUUUGGUUCAGUCAUUCCUCUAAAUAAUGGACACAGUUCUUUGUGAAUACAAGAAGUGUUAUUUUAAAUUAUAAAUACAUAGAUAUUUAUAUUUUCCCUUUUUCUGCCUUUGACUUCUUUGGAGUCAUAUGCCUGCGAUAUCUUUAAAUUAUUUUUGCUUUUCUCUGUGUCUCCAGAGAUUAGUAAUAUAAUGUAAUAUAAUGAGUGCUUAACAGAAAUAAGUGCUUUUUGAUUGGGGGAAAAAACCCUCAGGUCUCUUGACCCUCCAUCUAGAUCUCUUAGCCCUUUCACCACACUAAACUCAAUUAGAGGAAAAUGGGGGUUUAUGAGCUUCCUGCAUAGCUGAAAGCAUCAUUGCAACACCUGGCAGUUGAAAAACAAAGGAUUUCAUUUGAGAAUUGAAACUACAACUAGCAUGGAAAUGCCCCCUUCUUGAUUAAUCUCAAACUGAUAUUUUGUUCUUUCUCUGUUUCAUAAAAAGGUGGUUUACUAUGUUAAGAGAAAGGAAAAGAUUUUUAAAAAUGUUUUUAUAUUCA